AUGGGUCGACCUCCUCAGGCGCCCUCUAUCAGUCGCCUUUCCUUCGCCUCCGUUUCUGUAUCGUGCAGCGAAGACCUGACCUUCCUGACCUCGUUCGCCGAAAGGUCACUGGAAGGUCGUCUCUUUGUGUGGACGACGCGACUGCUCCUCGUGACCCGACUCGCCCUGAGUGACCUUCGAGAUGUGUUGAGUUCCCGCUGGACGUUUUCUAUGAUGAACACCGUUGCGCUUAACGUCGAAGAAAACGGGAGAUCGAGCGUAUACGCCCACAUGCCCUAUAGUCGAGAGGGCUCGCAAUUCCUCAAACUGGGCUCUUGGUCUCGAAAAUUUCGUCUUUUUCUUCGCUCACCUUUCGAAAUCUUCAACGAAAAGUAUGAGAAUUUCCACGGCGGUUACGUCAACAUCACAUCUGGUGUUUGGGCGCCAUUUUGGGACGAGAAGGAGGUCAUGGCAGCUGAUGGGUCAAAGGUCAAGGAGUACAGUGGCAGCGACUUCAUGGCUCUGGACACCAUAGCGAAGGCGCUCAAUUUCCGAAUUCGCCAAGUUCCCACCAAGGAUUUCGUUGAGGUGACACGGAAAGUAGAGGAGAGAGUUUCAUUCAUAGCUUCCAUCUACUACGUGGUGCUCGUGAAUCGUCUCGAACGCCACGACUUCACCUACACCUACCAGUUUAGUUACGAGAGCUUCUGCCUUGCUAAGCCCGGUCUGAGGCCACAGUGGGAGAGCCUCUACUACCCUCUGGCUCACCAAGUUUGGGCUGGGACAGUGACCGUGCUUGUCAUUGUGCCCCUGGUGUUGCUUGUGAUGGCCCACCUCAGAGGUCGGUGGGACGCCGUCAGAACGUCAGACCUCUGCAAGCUUUUCCUCGAGGUGUUCAAAACGUUUCUGGGUCAAAAUCUAACGCAGUCUACCUUCAGAGCGACCUCGGCCCGGCUUGUGGUUACGGCGUGGCUCGUUUUCUCCUUCGUCAUCGGGGUGGCUUACAGGGGUAACUUAACUGCUUCUCUCACUCUCCCUGUGUACCCUCCCAGGCCUGAAACAGUGGCUGAUCUUGUAGAAACCGUGGAAAGAGUGAAUAUGCCAAGCUACGGAGGAGACUGGAAGACCUUCUUUACGGGAUCAGACUCGCCCAUCUUCCAGGCUCUUGGCAACCUCCUCUUCAUUGGCCCUUCAAUCCACGAAGGCUUAAAUCUGGCCAGGGAGAAAAACUUACGGUACCUGGAAUACACCAUCGCCCAAGACUUUACUGAUGUCAACGGCCAGACCAAGCUUUACAUCGGAAAGAACCCUAUUUUCCCGAGUCCCGCCGCCUGGCCUGUCCCCCAUGACGCGCCGUACAAACCCCAGCUGGACCGCUAUCUCAUGAUGUUCGUUGAGAGCGGCCUGUACAACAAAUGGGUAGAAGACCUCAUCGAGAAAGCAAGGCGAGAGAGCAGCAGGAAGCAAGAACAGCAGAAGAAGAACGACCAAGGGACGGAACACCUCGAGGACGGACCCAGGGCACUUACCGUGAGGCAUAUGCAAGGGCCUCUCAUGCUUCUGGGCUUCGGCUUAGGAACAGCUGCGCUUAUCUUCCUCGCCGAGUUUAGUCUCCACUGGAGGUUCCUCUGCGCCCUUCGGCAGACGUAG